AUGCAUUUCUCACGAUUCGCUCUUCUCCCGGCCGCCCUGGCUGCGGCCCAGGUGACCGAGAUCUUGGACGGCAUCAGCAGCAUUGUCUCAGACGUCACCGAAGUAGGAGGCGCAAUCACAUCUGGAGCCGUCUCAGUAGGACAAGAGAUCACUUCUGUAGGCGGUAGCGUGUUCACCCGUUUGACGGAUGCUGGAGGCAACGUGGUCAGCACGAUUGUGUCUGAUGCCGAAUCCCUCGGCACGAGGAUCACCAGCGAAGUCACCAACGGCGCAGGCAGCGUCGUCUCCACCAUCGUCAGCGAUGCGGAAUCUCUGGGCACGAGGAUCACGAGUGAAGCCACCAACGCUGCCGGCAGCGUCGUCUCCACCAUCGCCAGCGACGCAGAAUCGCUCGGCACGAGGAUCACCAGCGUAGGAGGUUCCGUUUUCACCGAAGCCACCAAUGCCGCAGGCAGCGUCGUCUCGACCAUCACCUCCGACGUCAACUCCGCCGCCACCGAAGCCACAGGCGCAGCGGGAUCGGCUCUCUCAAGCGCUACGAGCACCACUGACACUGACUCUGGAGCCAUGAUCACCCCAGCCCCUCUCCUUGCUGGAGGUCUCCUUGGUGCUGGUAUGGCUGUUGUUGCCAUACUCUGA